CCGUGUGCUGGCUCGCGACAGCCCGCGCACAGAGGAGCCGCGCGCACAGCCGUCGUCCGUCCGCUCUGUCCUGCUCCGCCAGCUCGAGCUACCCGGGAAUCACUCGCAAUCAUCACGAAAUGCCUUCAAAUCAGAACCUGCAAGGGGGAAAGGCGUUUGGAUUAUUAAAAGCCCAGCAGAGGGAGAGGCUGGAGGAAAUUAACAAGGAGUACCUGGAGGACCAGAAGUACCGUGAUGAGGAAGACCUUCCUGAGAAGCUGGACUCCUUUAAAAACAAAUACGCUGAGUUUGACCUCAAUGACCAGGGAGAGAUUGACAUGAUGGGGCUGAAGAGGAUGAUGGAGAAGCUGGGAGUGCCCAAGACUCACCUGGAGAUGAAAAAGAUGAUCUCGGAGGUGACAGGCGGCAGCAGUGACACCAUCAACUACAGAGACUUUGUGAAGAUGAUGCUGGGCAAGCGUUCUGCUGUUCUGAAGCUGGUGAUGAUGUUCGAGGAUAAGGCCAACGGGGGAGGCGGCAAGCCGGACGGACCCCCGCCCAAGCGAGACAUCGCCAGCCUUCCAUAGACAAGGGGCAGAGCCGGGGAUUUGGGGACCUGGGACGCAGGGACCGCCCCAAUGCCCACCAUCCGUCCUUUGGGAUUGUAAAUAGCCUUAUUUGCGAGCCGGGUUCUCAGGCUCAAGGAAUAUCGCUGUGGGAAAGGUGGUGUCUCCAUUCAGAGUUGUGGGAAAGUAUCUAUAUUUGCUGUGAAGAAGUAAUGCAAAGUAGCUUUUAUAUGACCAGAAAAUAAAUGUAUAUAUUUAUAUUAAGGAUGAUAAAAAUAAUAUUUUUGAUUACCAUUCUCCAGCUGACCUUAUAUUCCUGAUAGUUUUAUCAUAAGAAAACAUGCACAAAGUGAUGUUUGAGAGGAUAAUGAGAGAAAGUGAAGCCAAGGCAUUGCCUGAGUUACUUUAGAUUAACAUCCUGGUGGAGAUCGCUGUUAAAACAGAGAUUAGAAACCUGCAGUGGGUAACUCUCCAUCCAGAUCAGGCACGUAUUGGUGUCGCUGCUCUGUGGGGGGAGAAGAGGCCCACUGUGGAACUUCCUAAAGGGCUGGCAGAAGCUGCUUGGAGCAGGGAGUGCUGCCCGUUAACGGCUCGCGCAUUGAGAAAGACUUCCACUGCUGAGCCCAGCUCAUUACUGAGCUCAGCUUCCACCAGGUUAGCCUGCCUGUUCUCACCAGCGUGUAAAGUGACCAGAGAACAAUUCAUCUGAAAGUAAAGUACCAUAGAAAAAAGGUAAAGGCUCCCUCGUGUUCCUGCGUUUUAAAGACCCUCGGAGGACCUUGCAGAUUCACAUGUAUUCAUCUAGGAAAGAGAUAAUAGAAACGUCAAAAUCAGCCACUUGUAGGUAGAGACUCACCUUGCAGGCGCUGGGGGGUAUGUGGCUGCCUCAAUGCUAAUUUAAGCUCCAGUCGAUUAAUGGCAUGGCGAAAGCUCCAUUUCACAGAUUGAGGAUCCUAAUUGGGAACAUCAGGAGACAUCAUACGUCAGCCCUGUAUCCACGUGGAUACCAGGCUCCACAAACCGCUGUGGUGCUGCAAAAUGUUACUGCUGUCCAACAGUGACGGCCUUGUAAGGGCUGUAAUGUGCUGUAGUCUGCAAGUAUCGUGUGAAAAGGGUCUUUUCCAAGUGCCUACCAGUGGGAAUAGAGCUCAGAUAGGUGUAGCGGAGGAGGGACGUUAAAUUGAUGGUCAGUAGCAAUGGUCUCUAAAAGGAUUAUUCGGCAUGCUAUUGUGAGCAGGGCUUCAAAAUGGGUCAUUUGUCCUUUCCAUGUCUCUGAAAGCAUUUUGCUCUUUGUACAAAUUUGACGGCGCAUGUAGCCGCCUUGAUGACAUUCCAGGAAUAUAUCGACGCAGCAGUGAAUGGAGAAUGUUGUGUCAAUACAGCCACAGUGUAGAUGCCACACACUGCAGUACCCCACCCUUCCAGACCUUUCUUAUCUCUGUAGCACAGCAUCAUCUUUGUCUUCAUACAAAUGUGUCAAAACGGACUCACUGCUCUCUCCUUGGAGAUACCGGUCAAUCUGUAUAGAAAGUCAUUUUUUUCUGUGUGCCUCUUUUUUUCUCUCACUUGUAUUAAACACAAGAUAGUAACUGUGAAGUUUUGUAAUUCGUUAGUGAGGUAUUUUUAUGUAAUAUUAGUUUGAUUUUAAUGUGUUAAUUUAACUCUUUGUUUAGCACCAGUUUUAUUGCCCUGUAAGAUACUA